GUUAAGUUUAAGAAAAUAAGUAACUUUAUGUUAAAAAAUAAAGUUUAUCAUAAUUUAAAUUUAGAAGAGCGAUUGAAAAUAUGGUUUUGGUUAUGGAAUAGAAAGUUAAAGCAUUGGAUGGGCACGGUUUGGACUUUGGUGGUUUCAGGUUCAGGCUAUUUGUUGCAGAAGGUUAUCGUUGUUGUUUACGUUUAAAUGUUCUGCGUGAAGUAAGUGGCAGUAAAUAUAUAAUAAUGACAGCUCCACCUGCAGCUUUGGUAAACCGAAAUAAAAAGCAUUUCCUCGGGAUUCCUGCACCUCUCGGUUAUGUGGCUGGUGUGGGCCGUGGUGCGACAGGAUUUACGACAAGAUCCGAUAUCGGGCCGGCAAGGGACGCCAACGAUGUAUCGGACGAUCGUCAUGCCCCUCCUAGUAAAAGGAAGAAAAAAGAAGAAGAGGAAGAAGACGAUGAAGACUUGAACGAUUCGAAUUACGACGAAUUCUCCGGUUACGGAGGUUCGCUCUUCAGCAAAGACCCGUACGACAAAGACGACGAAGAAGCGGAUAUGAUCUACGAGGAGAUCGAUAAGCGAAUGGACGAGAAGAGAAAAGAAUACAGGGAAAAGAGAUUGAAAGAAGAAUUGGAGAGGUACCGUCAAGAGAGGCCAAAGAUCCAGCAGCAGUUUAGCGAUCUGAAAAGAGGCCUUGUUGCCGUUACAGAAGACGAAUGGAAGAACGUCCCAGAAGUAGGCGAUGCCAGGAAUAGAAAGAUGAGAAACCCGCGAGCAGAAAGGUUCACCCCAUUGCCGGAUUCAGUUCUCUCUAGGAAUCUAGGAGGUGAGUCUACAAGCAGCAUUGAUCCUUCUAGUGGAUUGAUAAGCACUAUUGCUGGAAAUGCAACCCAAGGUAUGUUGACACCGACUGGAGAUCUAGAUUUGAGAAAAAUGGGCCAAGCGAGGAACAACCUGAUGAAUGUUAAACUGAACCAGGUUUCUGAUUCGGUCGAAGGUCAGACUGUAGUCGAUCCAAAAGGGUACCUUACAGACCUGCAGAGUAUGAUACCUAGUUACGGAGGAGAUAUAAACGAUAUAAAGAAGGCCCGGUUACUAUUGAAAUCUGUCAGAGAGACCAAUCCUAAUCAUCCACCGGCUUGGAUAGCUUCUGCCAGAUUAGAAGAAGUUACAGGGAAGAUUCAAGCUGCCAGAAAUGUUAUUAUGAAAGGUUGUGAAGAAAAUCCCCAGUCUGAAGAUUUGUGGCUUGAAGCGGCUCGCUUGCAACCUCCGGACACUGCCAAAGGCGUUAUAGCCCAAGCUGCACGUUAUAUUCCAACAUCGGUGAGGAUAUGGAUUAGAGCAGCCGAUUUGGAAUCUGAAACAAAAGCUAAACGUCGAGUUUAUCGUAAAGCAUUGGAACAUAUUCCGAAUUCGGUUAGACUUUGGAAAGCGGCGGUUGAGUUAGAAGAUCCUGAAGAUGCUAGGAUUCUAUUGAGUCGUGCUGUGGAAUGUUGUCCGACAAGUGUAGACCUAUGGCUGGCAUUAGCAAGAUUAGAAACUUAUGACAAUGCAAGAAAAGUUCUUAAUAAAGCUAGGGAAAACAUACCAACAGACAGGCAGAUAUGGGUAACAGCCGCUAAAUUAGAAGAAGCUAACAAUAACACUCAUAUGGUUGAAAAAAUCAUAGACAGAGCGAUAACAUCAUUGAGUGCUAAUGGUGUAGAAAUAAAUCGUGAGCAUUGGUUUAAGGAGGCUAUAGAAGCAGAAAAAGGUGGCUCUGUCAAUACUUGUCAAGUUCUCAUUAAAUCAAUUAUGGGUCAUGGAGUUGAAGAGGAAGAUAGAAAGCACACAUGGAUGGAAGAUGCAGACUCGUGUGCAUCACAGGGAGCGUAUGAAUGUGCAAGAGCAAUAUAUAGUCAAGCCUUAGCAACUUUUCCGAGUAAAAAGUCAAUUUGGUUAAGAGCAGCAUACUUUGAAAAAAACCAUGGAACAAGAGAUUCUUUGGAAAGUCUGUUGAGACGAGCAGUAGCACAUUGUCCUAAAUCUGAAGUUCUCUGGCUAAUGGGAGCCAAAUCGAAAUGGUUAGCCGGUGAUGUACCUGCUGCAAGAAGUAUACUUUCUCUGGCUUUUCAAGCCAAUCCUAAUUCUGAAGAAAUUUGGUUGGCUGCCGUCAAAUUGGAAUCAGAAAAUUCUGAAUACGAAAGAGCAAGGCGUUUACUCGCAAAAGCCCGAGCUGCUGCACCGACUCCAAGAGUUAUGAUGAAAUCGGUAAAAUUAGAGUGGUGCUUGGACAAUUUAGAAUCGGCAUUAAAAUUAUUAGAUGAUGCACUUGAAAUAUUCCCUGAUUUUUCAAAACUAUGGAUGAUGAAAGGCCAAAUAGAAGAACAACAGAACAAGACAGACAAAGCCUGGGAAACAUAUAACACUGCUAUUAAAAAAUGUCCAAAUUCAGUCCCUCUGUGGAUAAUGAUGUCUUGUUUGGAAGAGAGAAGGAAUCAGUUGACCAAAGCCCGUUCCGUUUUAGAAAAAGCCAGACUAAAGAACCCUAGCAGUGCACAACUAUGGCUAGAAGCGAUACGUGUAGAGUUUAGAGCUGGUAAAAGAGAAAUAGCAAAUACACUUAUGGCGAAAGCUUUGCAAGAAUGUCCAAGUUCAGGAAUUCUUUGGGCUGAAGCAAUAUUUAUGGAGCCAAGGCCUCAGAGGAAAACAAAAUCCGUAGAUGCACUUAAACGUUGCGAACACGACCCUCAAGUUCUUUUAGCAGUAUCAAAAUUGUUCUGGUCCGAACACAAAUUACAGAAGUGCCGCGAUUGGUUCAAUAGGACAGUCAAAAUCGAACCUGAUCUUGGGGAUUCUUGGGCAUAUUUCUAUAAAUUUGAACUGCUGAAUGGAACCGAGGAACAACAGCAAGAUGUAAAACAACGUUGCAUCGCGGCUGAACCUCACCACGGGGAGCUUUGGUGUAAAGUUUCAAAAGACAUUAAUAACUGGAGACUCAACAUUGAGCAUAUUUUAAUUCUUGUUGCUAAGGAUUUACCCAUUCCCAUUUAAUUUACGUAUUUGUUUGUUGUGUAAAAUAUAUAUUAAUAAUGGAAGAAACUCUGU